AUGAAUCUGCCGAUUUUUGUAGGAGAAGCAAACCCAGUCAUAGCUGACGAUUGGGUUCAAGAAAUAGAGGAACUACUGGGUGUGCUAGAGAGCAUAGAGGAUCAGAAGGUGCGGUUUGCCACCUUUAAAUUGGUAAGGGAAGCAAAAAGGCGAUGGAGAUCGGCGAAGAUGGUUGAGGAACAACGUCCAAAGCUUACAUCUAUUACCUGGAGCCAUUUCAAGGAGGUCUUCUUCGACAGAUACUUCCUUACUGCCACUCAAGAGGCGAAGGUUUAUGAGUUCUUGCAUCUGACCCAAGGACCCAUGACUAUACAACAGUAUGCAGUCAGGUUCGUGGAGCUAUCCCGUUUCACUCCUCAUAAGAUCUCAGAUGAGCCGAGGAAAGCUUGGUUGUUUGAGAGAGGUCUAAGGUAG